UUGUUUACACGAAUGUCACGUAUUCCCCGUUCUGAAAACACACAGCAUAUACAUUGGCAUGCAAAAGGUAAUUUCUGCCACUGUAGAGGGUUUCCAGUGCACUGGCUUUGAAAUGAAUUCUAUCCUAACUGGAUAUGCCAGAGUCAAGGCAAAGUGGAAGGGAAUACCAUCCAACACCGCAAGUUUUAUUAACCAGGACUUUUGGAAGACUGAUUUGUCCAAAUAUAACAAUGUGACUGUUUUCUUGGCACCCGGAGUGAUGGAGGUGUUGGGUAGGAAACUGGAGAAUGAGUUACCAGAUGAGACUCGUGUAAUUGCCUGUCGCUUCCCAUUUCCUGACUGGACUCCCACAGCCACUGAGGAUGAAGGACUAGACCAGACUUGGGCAUAUGAUAUGGAUGCUAUACGGAAGCUUUCAACGCAAGCUACCAUGAGAUGA